CCCGCGGCUGCUGGGGGCCCAGCGUGUCCUGCAGAGUUUGCUCCGCCUGGAGGAGCGCUACGUGCCCCGCGCCUCCUACUUCCAGUGUGUGCAGAGGGAGAUCAAGCCGCACAUGCGGAAGAUGCUGGCAUACUGGAUGCUGGAGGUGUGCGAAGAGCAGCGCUGUGAGGAGGAAGUCUUCCCCCUGGCCAUGAACUACCUGGAUCGCUACCUGUCCUGCGUCCCCACCCGAAAGGCACAGUUGCAGCUUCUGGGUGCGGUCUGCAUGCUGCUGGCCUCCAAGCUACGUGAGACCACGCCCUUGACCAUCGAAAAACUGUGCAUCUACACCGACCACGCUGUCUCUCCCCACCAGCUGCGGGACUGGGAGGUGCUGGUCCUGGUGAAGCUCAAGUGGGACCUGGCCGCUGUGAUUGCCCAUGACUUCCUGGCCCUGAUUCUGCACCGGCUCUCUCUGCCCAGUGACCGGCAGGCUUUGGUCAAAAAGCACGCCCAGACCUUUUUGGCGCUCUGUGCUACAGAUUAUACCUUUGCCAUGUACCCGCCGUCCAUGAUCGCCACAGGCAGCAUUGGGGCCGCAGUGCAAGGCCUGGGUGCCUGCUCCACAUCCGGGGACGAGCUCACAGAGCUGCUGGCAGGGAUCACAGGCACUGAAGUGGACUGCCUGCGGGCCUGUCAGGAGCAGAUUGAAGCUGCGCUCAGGGAGAGCCUCAGGGAAGCCGCCCAGACCACUUCCAGCCCAGCUCCCAAAGCCCCCCGUGGCUCCAGCAGCCAGGGGCCCAGCCAGACCAGCACUCCUACAGAUGUCACAGCCAUCCACCUGUAGCCCCGGAGAGGCCUCCGGUGGCCACCAUGCAGAGGAGGGGCCGCUGCCAUCCCCCUCCCUGCCUCCAGGAACAAACGCUGCAUCUGAACCCCAAGGGGGCUCUGUUCCUCCCUCACCAAGCCCAACGGGUCAGGUCCUACCUAUCCCCACAGUGUGCACUAAGGGGCCUGGCCAGCCGUGCUCAUUUGCGUGGCUAGUCAAGCUCCUCUUCCUCCCUGCAUCUGACUAGCUCAGCUCCUGACUGCAGCUGGGGGCCAGGCUGGAUAGAGGUAAAAUAUAUGCACCAGCAUUCCUUCCUGAGGCCCCCUUCUCUGGGGGGGGAGGGGGGGACACUCAUGUUCUCAACUGCCAAAAUGCCCGUGCCUUCUGAAAGCGUUCCCUCCCUAGGGUUAUUGCAUUUGGACUGGGGUCCUCUUGAAGAUGAAAUUUCGAGCAAUCUGACAUUGAGGGUGGAAGGAGUCAUUUUAGAGGCCCAUCUGAUCCAUGCUAACAGCUGCUCCUAGAGGGAGGGGCCAGAACCAGCAAAUUCCUCCUUGCUUUGCUUUCUGCUCAGCUUGUGUGAUUGGGGGAUUUGGUGCUGAAGGAAGGUCCAUUUUAAUUUAUUAAUUGCUUUGCGUACAGCUUUAGGAUGGGAUAGUGGGGUCUGUUGACCCCCCAAGUGGUGGUAACCCUGGUGGUUGCUAUUUCCCUCCCCUCUGCUACUGGCUAGAGGAUCUUUGUGGCUGAGGAGCUGCUAAAGCCUGGCAUGGGGUCAUGCCUUCCUGUCCCUCUGCCCAUCCUCCCGAGGGAGGACAAAGGAGGGAUAGAUACCCUGGAGGCCACUGAGCCCCUUCUGGAGAGGGAGGCAACCCCUGUAAACACAGGUCUUUCCUAAGGCCACAGGGAUUAGGCUGAUGGCCCAUGACCAUCAUGCUAUUUUAAUAAAGAUUCUAGAAUAAAACUG